CUGGUUCAACGACUCGAUUGACACAAAACUUCAGGAUGGAAUUUGCCAUCCAGAUACCUCCCGAGCUGUGAGGGAAGCUGUGCUACAAGUCGAGGAGAUCAACUUGCAGUGCUGCAAGCCCAGUGCAUCAACUUGCACACAGUCAGGAUUCUCCUAGUCGUGUUACACUUCCAGCAGAGUCAUAACAGUUUUGAGCAAGGUACUACAUCCUCGAUGGACGUCACAAAUCACCGGCGUAUGAUGCAAGCUUGUUCAGAAUGUAAGGAAGAAGUUGCCGUCUCGAGUCUCGACUGGGAACCAGACCUCACGUUGCAGUACUACGUGUCACUGAUUGUCACGAUGUACGUCGCUUAUAAAAUUGUGCUGAAGUGGGAACUUCAUCGGCGGAUGCAGAUGGAACUUUCCAAUUUCUGCCGUAAACACCUCGGAAGGAUACUUCGAUGAUCUUUCACGAAAAGCUUUUUGCCGAGGUUCGUUUAUAAAAGCGAUGAAGGAUUCGGCGACCCAGCUCAUCUUCGGAUCAGGGUUGUAGAGAAGAACAUCUAAUUGACAAGCACAUUCACAGUGGACCCUCGCAACGUCGAGCACAUUCUCAAAACCAAUUUCAGCAACUAUCCCAAGGGAGACUUGAUAAGAGAGAGGUUUGAGGAUAUGAUCGGACGCGGAAAAUAUACUACAGGUCGGAAAAGCACUUGGAUAGUUACAUAGAUAACAACAGAACGAAGAUGAGAGAUUUCAUUGAGCAACUUAUACUUGCCAUAAGAUUCACCUAGUCAAGAGAAGAGGUAUCACUGAACAAUUUUGCCAAAAGAAACAAGUGCUUGAGUGGUAGAUGGUUCCACCGGUUGGUGCGUACAUAUAACUUUUCUAGAUCAAAAGGCAUUUUGUUUCCUACUUUCAUUCUACAGACCUUUGUUCCGAAGCAUUUUAGGGAGAGAAGAGGUAUCACUGAACAAUUUUGCCAAAAGAAACAAGUGCUUGAGUGGUAGAUGGUUCCACCGGUUGGUGCGUACAUAUAACUUUUCUAGAUCAAAAGGCAUUUUGUUUCCUACUUUCAUUCUACAGACCUUUGUUCCGAAGCAUUUUAGGGCUUGCAGUUACAAUCGAUGAUUCUUUUCGUUCAC